AUGACUUUGACGACCUUCUCGGUUGGGGCAGCCGUUACCCCGACGGUUGUCAAGACCUGUGUCGCACAUUACGCAAAUCGCAAGCCGCGACAUAAGAAGCCCACGGCUCACAUAUCAUACGAUGAGGGCCUCCACCUCAUCCGAUGCUUCCUCCAGUACGCCUCCCACAAAACAGUUGACGAGCUGCAAGCAUUCACUGCUCAAUGGGUACCAAACCCCACAUGGGUCAAAACAGAAGAUGUUACUAUCGCUCCUGAACAUGUCUCCAAAGCCGCUGAAACACUCAUUCGCCAGCUUGGGCCAGAGGGCAUUCAAGCUGUGGGUGGCCGCGAGUGGUGGCAGUGGCGGAGGAACGGGAGUGAUCUACGCGCCGAGUGGAUCGAGAUGAGCGCUCAUUACAAUGAGAGAAAACGCGACAACAAGAAGUGUAGGCGUGUCAUGCUAUACGCUCAUGGUGGUGGCUACUUUUUCGGAUCGGUCGACGAGCAUCGCUACCAACUCCAGCGCCACGCGCGUAAACUCAAAGCUCGCGUGAUUGCUCCCAGAUACCGUCUAGCACCUCAGUUUCCUUUUCCUUGUGGCUUGCAGGACUGCUUGGCUGUCUAUCUAUACACCUUGACCCUACACGAACCGAAUGAGAUCAUUCUGGCGGGUGACUCGGCUGGUGGCGGCAUGGUCAUGUCCAUGCUGUGCAUACUCCGCGAUCAAGGUCUACCGCUACCAGCCGGUGCAGUACUGAUAUCACCCUGGGUCGAUCUGACCCAUUCGUUCCCAAGCGUUUCGGAAACCAAUCCACUCGACUACAUCCCUCCCCAUGGAUUUCACCAUCGUCCAUCUGUGGCAUGGCCUCCACCAACUGAUGAUGAGAUGGAAUUUAUGCGGAAGAACGACGAAGGCCAGACUCGAGAAGAGGCAUUCACCGCCAAAGCUACGGAGCUCGCCGAAGACUUGGGCAUGGAUACAGCGGAUAGUAACGACCCAACAUCGAAAGUGGCCAAUAGAGUUCCGGCUCCCAAUCACUUCCUAUCUAUCGAGCUAGACAACAAGCUUGUGGUCGUGAAGGAACAAAUUCAGAUGUAUACGACCAACCAGCUACUGUCCCAUCCGCUUGUGUCCCCAGUGCUUCAGCCAUCGCUAGGGGGUCUGCCACCACUUCUCAUUCUCGUUGGUGGCGGUGAGAUGCUUCGAGAUGAGCAAAUCUACCUUGGACACAAAGCCGCGAACCCUGGGAAGUACCCUCUGUCCGACAUAUAUAAGACCAAAUACGACCCAGACAAUGCCAUUUUGAACAGAUAUAAGCCCACUCAUGUCCAGCUACAAGUAUGGGAAGAUCUAUGUCACGUUGCGCCGACACUUUCUUUCACACGCCCAGCGAAAUUCAUGUAUAGAUCCAUUGCCCAGUUUGGGGCAUGGGCUCUGGCUCGCGCUCAAGAUAGGCCCAUUGAGAUCGUGGACGACGAUGAGAUUUCCAUAAUUUCAUCCGAUUCGGACGACGAAACACCUUCCGAUUCAACAGAUAGCAUUGCCAGAAUGAAAAACAAAGGCAAACAGCACAAAUACGUGGGGCGAGCGGGCGACCCCUUGCCGAUAUUCCGCAACCACAUGAUCCGCCAGCAAGUUGAUAGGUAUGGUAAUAUUGCGGAGCUGCCUCCGCCAGAAGAACUUCCUGCGACAUCAAUGGACCGAGACGAAGUUGGCCUGAUCAAGUCCGGCCCGGUGAAGAAAUGGAUGCAAGCAAAAGACCACUGGGCAUCAAAGUACGCCAGCACGAAACGGAAACUGCAGAAGCAGCGCAUCGCCGCAAUCCGAUCCAACAAUCAUGUCCCCUUUGGGCCUGGAGAAAGGCCUCCCCCGAGUGCGCUGGCGGCAAGGCGAACAGCAAGGGAGGUCGAGAAGCAGCAGCGCAAAUCGUACGGUCUGUUCAUGUGGUCUAUGUGGGGAAGCAAGCACGACGAGGCCACGAUCAGACGAGAAGAUGAGUUUGUGCGACGAGAGACCGAAGCCCAAAUACCGGCACCAGACCAGCCUGCGACGACGAACCCAGCAAUCCCUCCUGCAUCAACCGACGUCACCUCACCUACGAUCCAGGAACCUUUUCCUCCAGUUUCCCCCUCAACCAGACCUCGACGUUCCUCGCGUCGCUCCUUGUCCCGUGGCAGCAAACAACGCCGGCGCACCUCCGACCACGGUACCACCGACCGCAGCCGCUCCCGCCGCCGCACCGUCUCUGUUACCGACCGCGGUCAAGCCGGUGCACUUAUGGAGGAGCUCAUGCCUCCCGCACUUCCAACGGUACACUCCAGCAACCACCAGAACAACGACCUUGAAACCACCGCUGCAAACGACAACGACAACAUCCUCAUCACGCCACCGCAGACCGCAAACCCCGACGCUAGCAACCCUCACCCUAGCUCCCCAUCCAGCAAUUACCUAUCCCCGCAAUCCGCCACCAACGCGCCUCCCUUCCUCCCGAAAUACAGAACCGCCAGCCACCUCUACUCCGACCCGCAGUCCCGCGACGUAGACAGCAUGUCCACACGCACGGGCUUCUCGGGCAUCUCAACCUCCAACGCCUCCACGCGCGCCGUCUUCUCCGCUCCCGGCGUGAGCAAAGUAGCAACGAGCGACAACAACAACACCGCCUCCAGACCCAGCAAUGACGACGACAGCCUGACAGCCAGCACAGCGCAAGACAACGAUCCGAGGCCCAGCGCCACGGCGAGGAUGAGCAAUGAUGGCGGCAGCAUCACCGGCGGCAGCGGCGGCGGGUCAGCGACGCCCACGGCCCCGAUGUUCGAGGCGCACAAAUCUGGCCCCGUCACGCGUGGGAUGUCCCGCGACGGUCAUGUUGAAGACCAAAUCCAGAGCGAAGACAGAGCCGGAGUCGCAGACGGAGCAGGAGCAGAAUCGCCCGUAUCGCGCCGCAGCAUCGAACGCCUGCGCAGCACGGACCGCGAGCCGGGCGACAUGACGCCGCUGCGCAGGUCCAGCACCGAUGCGGUCAUGCGCGUUGAGGGCGUCGUGGGCGUCGUUGACGACGUCGGCGGGGAGUCGGCGUCGGAGUCGGAGUCGGAGGAGGCGCGCUCGGGGGUGGACGCGGAUGGGGGAGUAGGAGCGGGAAAGGGAAAGGGAAAGGGAAAGGGCACAGGAGAGAACCUGCAGGUGUAG